ACUCCAGCAUUCCUGCCAGUGUGCACUGUGCUUCCCGUGGCCUGACUGCAAACGAGGCCGGACUGCUGAGCUGUUUCAAUGGUGCUACAUCAGAGGCUCAGGAGGCAUUGCACUCAGCCAAUCUUGUGGCUUGUGGGGGCUCAGUGUGGGCUGUUGCAGCUAAGAGAGAGAGUUUUUUAAGUUACUUUUGCCAUGCUCUGAUGUUAGUUCUAGCUGGACAACAAGAAUAGGAGACAGAGAAAGGGACUGAGAAAGCUCACAAUUUUCAAUGGAAUAAGGACUGGUUCUGUUGGUUGCAGUCUCCUCUAGGAGUUUUUGUCUCUUUGACAAUGUGUCUAUGAAGCCACAGUUUUAUUGUAAACCAGUUUCUUCAUGUUUUAUUGGUGGACCGUGAGCAAACGAAGAGGGAAAAUUCUAUCUAAAAAAAAAAAAAACAGGGCCAAAAAGGACUCUUAGAUUUUGACAUCUGAUUGGGGUCAGAACUUUAAGUAGUUUUCAGUUGAAUUGUUCUGAAAGGCGGUGAGAGAAAAUUGUGUUGUCAUGGCUGACAAUAUUAUUGAGGAAUCUGAAAACUACCCUGGCAAAGAUGAGCUAGAAUGGGGCUAUGAAGAAGGUGUUGAGUGGGGUCUUCUGUUUCCUGAGGCAAAUGGAGAGUACCAGUCCCCCAUAAACCUGAACUCUAGAGAAGCACGAUAUGACCCCCGGCUCUUGGAGGUGGGGCUUUACCCUAACUAUGUAGUUUGCAGGGACUGUGAGGUCAUCAACGACGGUCACACUGUGAGGAUCAUGCUCAAGUCCAAAUCAGUUGUUAUCGGAGGCCCUCUCCCCAGCGAUCAUGAGUAUGAACUGAGCGAGGUGCGCUUCCACUGGGGAAAAGAGAACCAGAGGGGUUCUGAACACACUGUCAACUUCAAGGCCUUUCCUAUGGAGCUUCAUCUAAUCCACUGGAACUCUACAUUGUUCAACAGCGUGGAGGAGGCUAUGGGCAAGAAAAAUGGUAUUCUCAUCAUUGCCCUAUUUGUGCAGAUAGGGAAGGAGCAUCUUGGGCUGAAGGCCAUCACAGACAUCCUGCAGGACCUGCAGUAUAAGGGAAAGACAAAAAUAAUUCCAUGUUUUAACCCGAACACAUUAUUACCUGAUCCUCUCCUAAGAGAUUAUUGGGUGUAUGAGGGCUCUUUAACCACACCGCCCUGUAGUGAGAAUGUCACCUGGAUUCUCUACCGUUACCCACUAACCAUCUCUCAAAUGCAGAUUGAGGAGUUCCGUCGGCUCAGGUCCCACAAUAAAGGAGCCGAGCUUCUGGAAGGGAAUGAUGGUAUGCUGGGAGACAACUUCAGACCCACCCAGCCCCUGAGUGACAGGCUGGUUAGGGCAGCUUUCCAGUAGAACCUCCACAGCAGGAUACAUUUUAAUCCAGCAGGG